UUUCUUUCUUAUCAUAUGACUGAUGGACGUUCAUUGCCACUCGAAGUGAAAGUGUAAUUUCAAGAAUUGGUAAAAUAAGUUUUCCUGCAAGAUGAGUUUACGCACGGUAAUGGCUUAUUCUUUCUUCAUUCCUAUGUCAUCUGCUUUGACAGUGAUAAUACUGUAUUAUAUUCUAACGGGUAAAGGAGAACGCCUAAGUUUUGGAUGGUUCUUGGAGGACACUAGCCCGUAUAUGUGGGGCACCUUGGGCAUCGGGCUCGCUGUUGCGCUAUCAGUGGUGGGCGCGGCGCUGGGAAUCCAUACAACUGGCACGAGCAUUGUUGGUGGAGGAGUGAAAGCCCCGAGGAUCAAGACGAAAAAUUUGAUCUCAGUCAUCUUCUGCGAGGCUGUGGCGAUUUACGGACUGAUCACUGCCAUAGUGUUGUCUGGGAUGCUGGAGCAGUUUACGUUCGACAAGACGGGUGAGAAGAACUUCGUGUACUAUCAGAAUUGGAUGAGCGGCUACGUGAUGUUCGGCUCUGGUCUGAGUGUGGGGCUCGUCAACCUGUUCUGCGGCAUCGCCGUUGGCAUUGUAGGGUCCGGGGCGGCCCUGGCAGAUGCAGCCAAUUCUUCCCUUUUCGUCAAAAUCCUGAUCGUCGAGAUCUUUGGAAGUGCGAUUGGACUGUUUGGUCUGAUUGUUGGCAUUUACUUAACUUCGAAAGUGAAGAUGGGCGACAAGGCGUAGGCUGUGAAAUACACUUUCUCAAGUAGGCUUUGUGUUUAGUUGAAUUUGUUGUGGUGUUUCAUAGUAUUAUACUUGUUAACUGUAAUUUAUUCCCAGCAGCCUUCACCAGUUGGUUGCCGUAGUUUAACUGUAGUCUUGGUGUCAGAUUGUGUGGUUACGUUAAAUUAUAUCUACCAUCUGUGGGGGAAAAUACAAAAUAAUGAAGUUUGCUUACUUGAAACAUUCCCUCAUAUGUUGUCUAUUGUAUGUUACUAGACUAGGAUGAUGUCGAAAAGUGAUGAAGUUAUGUGAACAAAUUUUAUUUGGCAUAUAUGGCCAAAAAUAUUGUUUAAAGGGUGUGUCAUAUGGUGCAAGAUGGUAGCUUAUUAAAUGCUCAUUGAUUGUGUUGUGAACAAAGUGAGAA